UUACCAAAUGUAAAUGCAUAACAUUUUUUAAUCACUGAUAUUUGUUCUGCCGGCUGUUUUAGAGCUGAAAUUCGCGCACGUUUGGUUGUUCCUCGGAUUUUACGAUAUUUACCGUAUAUGUUUUGUUUGUUGCUCCUAAAGGAAACAGAUUUUGUCCCAAACAUGCAAAUGACCUACACACGAUUUUUCUUGUGUUUUUGUAGGCAGCCAAGGAUGUGGAACCGUCUGUAAACAUUGAAGACGUCAAUGAUAAUGCUAGGGAUUGUGAAAUCGCUGAGCCAUCGCAGGAAGUUCUUCCCGAUCCACCAGUGAAAAGAAAACGUCGGAAAAAACGAAAGAUACCGAAGAUGGACGGAGGCAGUGGCGAGGUUCCUUUGCCGGAACCUUUAGCCUCUGAGGAGUUAAAUCCUCUCGCCGUAAACGAUGCAGGAGAAGCCGAAAAGUUAGAUGUGGAAAUUUGUGCCACCAACGUCGAAGAGAAAGCUCUACAGAACGCGGUACCCGGCGAGGGCAGUUUUUCUGGUUCGGUUUUGAAAGCCGAAGAAGUCUGCUCGAAGGAAAUUGCGGUGCCUUCGACCUCUUUAGUGGACGAAGUCAUGAGCGGUCCUUCGAGUAGCAGUAGUAAUACAAAGACAGACAUACUCGACACAACUGUGGUAGCUGAAAAAGCUGCAGUCAACGACAAAGAUAAACCAGUGAACACAAGCGCUGAUGCAGUUCCGACGGCUUCAACAAACCCGCUACCCACUACACGGAAUGAAACCCCUCUCCCUGCCCCCUCGGAAGUCAAAAACACCCCGGUGAUCCCACGGUAUUCGCGAUUUGAAUUCCUAGCCAACAGUAUGAUAAUCACAGACGUUACCACGGAAAGAGGGACAGUUACAGUGAAGGAAUGUUCUGCUUACGAAGGCUUUUAUGGCCCUGAACCAGAUAGGCCCGGAUAAUAUGGACAGAAGGAAAUCAGAUGAGAAAAAUAGGGACCAGAAUUAACUAGUAAACUGAAAAAGUACAAAAGAGGUUUAAAAUAAACUAUUUACGUUAUUUAUGCGUUCAGCAGUGACGCUUUAUUUACACUGAACGAUAAAGUUGACUCGUUACGAUAGUUAGAGAAAGAAAAAAAUGAACAGGAAAAGUUCAUGGUUAGGGUAACUAAUUGUUAAUUUAACGAAGGAUUGCGUAAGAGGAAAAAAAGAAAGAAAGAGCUGAUUUGUAACUUGUGCUUAUUAAACAAUCCUUUUAACAUUC